CUCCUCCAUACUUCCUGACAAGGAAACACAAGAUGGAUGGAAGAAACACCCGUCCUUAUCAGGGCGGAAGUAAUGGUAUAGGUGGAGGAGGUCAGAGUAGUGCAUCAUUUGCAUCUAUUUCGAAAUUGAGACCGCCCACUUACCUUGCACAGGCACCUACAUUCUCACCAGCCAAACCUCGUCAAUCUUCAGCGUCGUUCAGGAGAAGUCUGGUAGGCGAAAGCAGUGUCGAUAGUAUACAAAAAGAGACAAGUUCAGCUUCAAUCGCUCGACCCAAUGGCACCACACAGCAACGAAGAGGCAGGAAGAGCGCUUUUGAUACAUUUGAUGAAUUGAGCUUUUGCAAUGAUCUGGCUUCCAAAAUUGCAAAUGAACUGGCUGCGAGACCCUCAAGGAGCCUUAGACGGUCUGUACCCAUCGAUCCAUGGCGUGGAACUAUCCCGGGCAGCGAUACUGCAUCUUCUUCUGCUCAAGGAGGUGCGCAUAUAUCCACCACAGAGACCCUAGAUACGCAUGAGAAUGGCAUUGAAGACCAAGAAGAGAGAGAGGUACAAGAUGAUGAGGAAAGUGACGAUGAUGAGGACUCCGAAUCCGAAGAAGACUCAGAAGAAGAGGAGAAUGAGGAUGAGAUGGAGGAGGAUAUGGAAGGCGAUACAGCGGCGUUGAAUCCUGAAAGAACCGAACGUACGCGGCUGGCAGCAGAAGCCUUUCUCCAGCGCCUGUCCGAGAGAGAAGCCAAUGGAGAAAUUGAUGAAUCGGAAAAAGGAUUGGAAAAGCAAGUGUUUGAAGUAUUCGGUGGAAACGGCGGGCAAAGUGAAGGUCCAGAAAUUCGUGCAUCUGUUGAUCAACUUGAACAAGAGGAUGUCUCACCCGAAGUGGCAAUGCAAGUUGCGCAAAUGCUACAAAAAUCUGCAACGCAAAAUCAAGCCGGUCAAAAGCCACUUAUUCAAGAAGUUGAUCAACCGGAAAACUCAUAUGAUGCGGACCCAUCUGAGAUUUUGGGAGAUAGCUCAGUCGAGUAUGAUCAGCUCAAAUCUACAUCCAGUGAAGCAGCGAGGUUGCGUGGUGAGAUGAGCGAAAAGGAGGAUGAGCUAUUGGAAGACGAAGUUGAUAAUGAUGAAGACGAUGAUUCAAUCCCUGGUGAAGCUGGAAUUCAGGGUGAGGAGGAAGGGGAAGAAGAUAAUGAUGAAGAAGAGGACGAAGAUGAUGAAUCCGAAGGAGUAGGGGAAGAUUAUUAUGACGAGGAACGACAUCAUCAAAAUCUCUACUCACAACCAUCUCGCAGCUCAAUGGGAAUGUUUGGCUCCAAUCAAGAAGAAGCCAUCAGUCUGAUUGACAGCGAUGAAGAGGAUGAAUUGCCUGCCAAUUCUCAACCUGCCGACUACAAUCGCAUGGCACAUGACGCAGCUCAAUACGAGAGGUACCAAGACGGCUCGGACGAUGAGCAAGAGGACUACGAAGGGCAGGAAGAGGGCGCAGAAAACGAAGAUGACGAGAUGUACGAUGAAGAAGAAGAGGAUGAAGGUGAAAUGCAUGCUCAGAACGGAAUGGAGUUGCUCAACGAGGGCAUUGAGCAUGCAUCGGCUAAUGAUGAGAAUCUCUUCCAAAACAGUCAACAAAUGCCAGCGUUCGACGCAAAUUUAGCUACAUCAAUGCCUUCUGAUCCAUCUCAUCUCUGGCAAAACUCUAUAUCUCUUCAAGCAUUGAACGACCUUGCACAAGCGCCACCAGCUUUGUUUGAGCAGAACAUGCACUCGGAUCAGUCUUCUUUUCAAACGUCGAUACCUCACGCAGCUUUUUCGCCAAAUCUGUUCGAUCAAGCUUUCCCUGCAUCUUCGUCAAACAUUGACGACCAAGCAAUUCCACAAAUUGCGCAACAGAAUCCGACUUGGUCAUCCUUCCCUGUGCCACCUUCACCAGCUCCAGUACCACCACCGCCGCCGCCUGCAGAAGCUGAAGCGAUAGGUACUGCAGAUGGAGAAGCACUCUUGCAAUUGAAAGAGCAAGUGAACGAACAAAUGGAAGAUGAUCAACAGAGAUCCAAUCGAACUUCUAUGAGCCCAGUCCCACCUUCUACUGUCAUGACACCCCAUGCGAAUCAAAGCACAGCCAGUACGCCAAAGCCAACAGCAGGUCAUGUCAAAGACGGUAGCGAUUUGGUCGAUCUGAAAAAUGUUGUUAAAAGGGCAGCUGCUUUACGAUCUCAACGGACUUCUGUGGCGAGUGAUGUUGGAACGCCUCGAAAUGAGUUCAUUACGACGAGUGCUGUACAGCCUAUUGUGGAAGGGGAAGAAAAUGAAGAAGAUGUUUUACCUCAACAGCCUUCACCGCAAAAUCUCGCCCAAGAUGAAGAUCAAAACCUUGGUCAAGAGAUCGAGAUUACCGAAGUACGCUCAACGACUGGAGAUCAAGCACUCGAGCAUUGGCAUCUUCAGCCUGAUGUGGAAAGUGUAGCCAGCCUGAUUCAUGAGCAUGUUGCGGAAUCACAAGAUAAUGGUGAAGGGCUAAAGGAACUUCAUAUCCAGGAAAUGCUGGUCGAUGAAGGAGAUGUUGAAGAAGCGAUCGCAGGAAUAACAGAGGUCGAAGAGAAUGAAUCAUCUCUAGAUGCUCCUCGAGCUCAAGCAGCAGAGGUUGAUGAAAAGAAAUUACCUGUAGGUCUAGCUGAAGAUCAAGCAGCAGAAGUUAGAGACCAACCAGCGGAAGUCGAAGAAAAUGGAUUACCCGCAGAUGCCACCGCAGUUCGAGAAGCAGAAGUUGAAGAAGAUGAAGUGCCUGCAGGUGCCACCGCAAUUCAAGAAGCAGAAGUUGAAGAAGAUGGAGUGCCCGCAGGUGCCACCGCAAUUCAAGAAGCAGAAGUUGAAGAAGAUGAAAUGCCCGCAGGUGCCACCGCAAUUCAAGAAGCAGAAGUUGAAGAAGAUGAAGUGCCCGCAGGUGCCACCGCAAUUCAAGAAGCAGAAGCUGAAGAAGAUGAAAUGCCCGCAGAUGCCCCCGAAAUCCAAGCAGCAGUGUUUGAGGAAAGUGCCGAAGGUCAGGCAACAGAGACUGGAAAACCUGGAUCACCUGAAGAUGUUUCUGAGAUUCAAGCAGCAACUAUCGAUAUGUUAGAGCCACAACCACUAGGUUUGCAAGAACCUGUGGCCGAUGAUUCAGUCGAUAUCGUUGAGGAGGCACUCUCAAGUGUUGCUGCACCAGCGACCGAUCCUGUUGAGACUGUUGAUGCAGUCCCUGAGGAAGUCAAAGAGGACUUGCACGCUGCUGACAAAGAUGACCCUGUGGAAGAAAUGAUGAAGGUUGAUCGGACAAUUCCAGACCUUGAGGUCAAUGUCGAAGCACCAACUGCAGACGAGAAUGCGGAAACUAAAGGACUGACAAAGGACUUAGUGGAGGAGGAACAGGAGCAGCAAUCAGUACCUGCGAGCAAAGAUCAAAACGUUGAAGAAAGUGACAAACAAAAUCUGAAAGUGCCUGAGGAAGUCGGCAAUCAAGAAGCUGAGACGUCUUCUGCGGAUCAAAAUGAAGACGAUAAGGCAGCAGAUACCUCUGCAACAGUCGAGCCUCGGCGCAGCAGACGCAAACGUGGAAGCAUUACCGAGCACGUCGAAACAAGCACCGCUGAUGGAAAAGAAUCAAAAGUAGAGGAAACAGAUGUCCCUGUUAAUGAAACACGUAGAGAGACUCGAUCUUCAGCAAAAAGAGCAGCAAGCGAAGCACUCUCUGCAAAAUCGGGAAACGAAGGAGGUCAUACUCAUCAACAGCAUUCCUCACCUCAUUCACAUCGUAAACCACGUCGAUCAGAUCCAGAUGGUGAUAUGGCGGAUUAUGUACCUGAUGACGUUAGGCAAAAGCGCAUGAGAAGUCGAACCAGAUCGCCUAGUGUUGCUCGCGAAACUGUCAUUCCAAGCAGUAUUGGUAUCCCAGACAAAUUGCUCGAUACAUCAAUCUUGGAGGAAGAUGAAGAGGAGGAGGAGGACGAUGAUGAACAACAGGCCGCAUCCCCUACGCCCUCGAAGAAGAAGAAGACGACUGGCAGGAAGAGAAGCUCUUCGAAGAAGAUUACAGAAGCGGGAAAAAAACAUACACAAGAAAGCCUUCUGGAACAAACUUCCAACACAGAUGAGCCUGAAUCGCAAUCUUCUCAACCGGGUACGAAGAGUAAUCCGCGUGAGAAGACCCAAGAACAGAAGCGAAUUUACAAGAGAAACCAAAAGAGAACCUACGACAAAAAGAGAAAGAGAUCAACGAGAAACACGACAGGUACGGAUAACAGUAGCGCAGUGGGAGAAGAUGCAGGAGAAGAAGCGACGAAUGAUGCCUCACAGAAUUCAAAAGAUGAUCCUGAGCCGGAGCAACAAGCGGAAACAGAGGCAUCAGCUCCCAUUGAUAAUGAUCAGCAAAAAGCAGUCGCUUCAUCUCCUCCAAUGCGCGUUACCAGACGACGUACACGACAGAAAACAGAAGAUUAGGAAGCCGAUAGCAGUCAAAGUCAAGGAGCAGAUCAAAGUCUGGCUGAGGUUGAUGCCGAUGAAAAGCAAAGGGCAGCUAAACAGCCUCGUCGUGGACGUUCGAGAGGCAGGAUGUAGGGUGGGAAUUCAUCAUCACACAAAAUGUACCUAUACAGAGCAUGAGCAUUGUAAUAUGAAUUGAUGUAC